GUGUGAGUAACUGCAUGAUGUGCACAGUUCACAUUCACACCCUCACCUGCUCAUCACCAUUGCUAGAAUCUAAUUCAAAAAAAAAAAAAACAAAAUGUCGCAAGCAACUAGACAAGAAGCUGAACCCCUUCUGCAGCCACAACAGGGACAUGAUGUAAACCAUGCUGCUCCUACUGCAACUAUUGUGAAUAUUCAUGAUCAAGAUGGUCCUAGAGUCACCCCUGGUACUGCUACCCAUGCUCCCAAGCCGAGGGACGAGCGUCUACAGCACCAUCGUGCCAUGGUCCGUUAUCGAUUCAGUGCCAACUGGUGGAUAGAAUGGAUUAUUAUCUUUAUCGUGUUUUCAGUUACAGGGUCAUCUACCAUGUUGGUUGUUAAGCCUUUGAUGAAGGCAUUAGGACUGACAGGAUCCUUAGGCCAAGGACCAUGGUCGUUCAGAAUUGCCUAUGUUGUCCUUACACUGCCACUGUACAGCUGCAUGCUCCUUCUUAUAUCAUCGAUCGUAUGCAGAAGACCCUAUUUCGAGAACCUGCUCAUUAGAAUGUGGAGUCGAUUAAUACCAUCGUGCAUAUGGAACAAAUGUGUGCCUGAAGACGCGAGAACAGAGCAAGAUCAAGCCUAGAGACCACGACUAGGGCGGAUUAAAAAAAAUAAAAAAUAAAAACAUUUGAUACGCGUAUUACUUUCUUACUAUAAUUCCUAUAGUGCUAGAAUAAAUACUAGACCACAAUCUUUGAAAACGUGGUUAUCUUCAUUGACAAAUAAGGGAGCUCUUAUCUCUUCUUAGGGUCAAAGAGACGAAUUACGCCAAAAAAAAACAGAUUUCGG